GAGUCGACGUUCGCGGCUACUCAGUGUCUUUCCGGACGCCGCAGGUUCGAGGCACGCACAGCUCUUUCCCCUCUCUUUCCCUCUCUUUUUUUCCGUCUGCUUGCCUCUAUCGGUGUCUCCCUCCCCCCGUCUAACGAAACCCCCCUCGGCUCCCCUCUCCUGGUCAACCCCUUGGAGCGUCUUUCUCUCGGACUCCCCUAUCCCUCCCGGCUGUUUCCCUUUCUGCCCUUCCUCGUGCUAUCUCAUCUGGUCGGAACCCGGUCCCAGGACGACGUCGAGGCGCGUCAUCGUCUCUCCCCCACCGUUAGGAACGCGGCCAGGGAGCCAAUAGGAGCACCGCUUCCGGCAACGGUGACGGCCCAAUGGGCGAACACCGACGACGGAUAGACGCCGACGGUCGCUGAUUUUGACAGUCGACACACGACGACGACACCGUGUUGCUCUCCUUCCGUGUGGGCGCCUCGUCGGCUCUCCCUCCUGUUGCCAGGACGCAUCGAAACGACCACGGGAUCCACCGCGGGGAGGACGCGCGCGUCCACGUCCUGUGCUACCCACCGGUAGUGUUUGUUGCUUUCGUGCGGUGCCGCUUCGCGGAUCACGCAGAGGACAAGGGUACUCUCCGUGAACGAGUUUCGUACAGUGACAGUUCGCGUACGUGGUCGCGAGGGAGGAAGGGAGAGAGGGGAAAGGAGGAGGGUCCGGUUCGCGAUCCGUCGUUACGCGCCGCGGAGGGUAGUCGGAUCACGACCACGUGGCUCUGCACCGAAACCAGAAUUAUUUUCAGGAACAACUCGGGUUCACUUUCGGAUUCAUGAAAAUUCUAAUUGAAGGAUUCCUUGCGACUCGUAUGUCGAAGCCGCCAACGUUCUCCGUCGAUCCUCUUUCGUUCUCUCCCUCUCUUUCCGGUGACUCUCGCGUCGCGGACAAGUGUACGUCCAGUGACAACGCAAAAAGGACUGCGCGAAUGACGACCGGCGCUCGAAUCGGAUAAAAUUACGCGCAGAUGCGGAGGCAAAUAAACGCCGGUAACCGCUGGGCCUCGGUGGCGUAGCCUGUCCGUUUACCAUCUGCGACGAUCGCGUAUUCGCGCGUAGAGACGUUCGAAAAAAAAAGGACUUAAAUGCGCGCGUGAAAGAAACCGAUGAGUUGCGCUAUGGAGUACCAGCAAUUGGCACCACCGCCGGUACCAGUCACGCUGCACCCGGCGCAUCAUCAGCAGCAGCAUCAGCAACCGGUGCAGCAGACUCCCCAUCCUCACAUAGUGGUCGCGCCUGCGCUGCAACAACAACCCCAACAACCACCGCCUCCCCCGUUACCGCCCACCUCGCACGGCCAUCAGGUGCACGCACCACUUCCGCCUAUUCACGACGACAGCACGAGCUCGCGUUGGAGCCAGUACCAGCAUCUCUGGAGGCAGCACCACGUCUACGUAAAUGGGAAACAAGGCAAGGAUGGACCGGAAGAGAAGAAGGACGCUGAUGGAGAGCUCUGGGGCAACGUGGAAGCGCAAGCCGCCUUCCUCGGCCCAAACCUUUGGGACAAAACUCUGCCCUAUGAUGCCGACCUGAAGGUAUUGAACCAUUACGUGGAUCUCGACGAGUUUCUCUCCGAGAACGGCAUUCCUGUGGAUGGUGCAGCUGGUGGCGGACAGGGGACGAUGCAGAGCGGGCAACUGCACAAGAUCAACAACACCGAAGCACCAGGACACCAGGGACCAGCCGGUCUUCACUUGGAACCGGUCACCAAACGUGAGAGAUCACCCUCGCCGAGCGAAUGUUGCUCCCCCGACACGAUGAACCCUCCCUCACCCGCGGAUUCCACGCUCUCGAUGGCCUCAUCGGGGCGAGAUUUCGAUCCACGUACCCGAGCCUUCUCCGACGAGGAGCUCAAACCACAACCGAUGAUCAAGAAAUCACGGAAACAGCCGUGGCCACAGUUUGUUCCGGAUGACCUGAAGGAUGACAAAUACUGGGCGCGUCGUAGGAAGAAUAACAUGGCAGCGAAACGAUCACGGGACGCACGCCGCAUGAAGGAGAACCAGAUCGCUCUCAGGGCCGGCUUCCUCGAGAAAGAAAACAUGGGCCUACGGCAGGAGUUGGACCGGUUAAAGAACGAGAACAUGCUGCUGCGCGACGAGCUGAGCAAAUACACGGACGUCUAACAGCGCGGCGGCGAAGCAAGGCAACAGCUCGUACCGGUGUUAAAAAAGACGCAGAAACGAGCGUUUGUUGCGUCGGCUCCUCCCACAGUUAUAGUCGCAGCACUUAGGUAUCGCCAGUCCGGAAGGGAAAGAAGGAAAAACGGAGCGCGCCGAAUCACAAGACCAUCCUCGACAAUUGAACAGAGCCCACUUUCCUAGGGGAUCCCGAAGAUAUCCUUCUAGAAGUUCUGCUAUUCAUCGAUUCUCUCUCUCUCUCACACACAGACACAUUCUUCUUUUACUCCUCAUCCCCGCCCAUCCUCCCGAGAAGAAAAUCUUUCCAUACCCCCGCCCAACUCUUCACCUCCCCUCCCUUCCCCUCCCAAAGUGUACAUAGUUAUAUGUAUAGUUAGAUUAUAUGUAUACGUGCAUACAUACACGGCCGUGUGUAUGUCCUGUCUGUAAGUGUGAGUAUAUGCGCGUGUGUACAACCGCCUGUACACCUGCGUCCACGUGCACACGUGUAUGUCUCUGUGAUUAUAUACGAAGGAUAUCGUUUGCUACACAGUAUCCACAUAUAUAUCUAUAUAUAUAUGUGUGUGUGUGUAUGUAUGUACAUACAUAUAUUACACAUGUACGUAUGUACAUAGAAGCCUACGCGUAUACACGCGAGGUCGCAGACUUGGAUGUCAGUGUGCGUGCCAGAACGAUGUGCACCAUGGUACCAGUGUUCUUCGUGAGACUAUUAGGGGGCUUUUUUUCAUCGAUAAUAUUAAUAAGGAGACGGACGGACAAACGUGUCUGUUUUUCACUAGCGGAGGUAGAAAGGGUACAGUGUGAUCUACCCAAGACGGGUGUCUCGAGAGUACCGAGCACUGGCACGCACACGCGAAACGGCUCGUAAGCCGGGCUGGAGCUGAUUAGAGUAAUAAGCGAAAACUGUAUGAACAUAAGCACAGACAGGCGCGAGCGUAAACGAUCGCCUCGUUGGAAAAAGCGGCCGCUUAGCCACGCGCUGGCUCUCGAGCUUCUGUUUGUUUCUUGUACAAUACGGCCCCGCAUCAGAUCGUGGAUAGAUUCUUAGUCUAACGUUUCCUCGUUGCUUCCUCGACCUUCCUCGUUCUUCCUCCAGUCUAGUUCCCCGUUCAAAGGAUUCCUGGGGUGACAUCUAUACAAAAGGAUUUCUAGACGGUACCUAUACAGAUCUCACAGUGGCCUAUACGAGGGAUUUAUAGAGAGACCUGUACAGAUCUCUACAGUGGUCUCUAAAAUAACAGAUAUAGAGGAUCUCCGGAGUGACCCAUAGAGGACCUGUAGAACGUUCUAUACAGGAGAUCUUUAUGGAUACCUAAACAGGAAUCUCUACAACAAUCUCUAGAAUUAUUCACAUGGAAGAUGUCUGAGCGAUCUAUACAGGAAAUCUCUAACAGAACCUAUACAAGAGAUCCUUACAGUGGCCUAUGCGGAGUAUCUCUAGAAUUACCUGUACAGGGGAUUUUUGGGACACCUAUAUACACGGGAUCUCCAAGGCGACCUAUACAGUGCGUUUAGAAGAUUUUUUAACGACCCUACGACGUCACAGUGAAUCAACUACAGUAACGAGCAUUAUUUUGCCACGACGUGGUUCUGUAAUCGACAUGCACACAUUGAAGGAUAAUCUAACAUUUUGUAGACCGAUAAAGGAAUUACCAGUUCUUUGAUCGCAUAAGAUACCCGUACCCUGAUUUGGUUUCUGAAAUAGUGUAAAUUAUUGUUCAGUCGUCCUUGUACAGACGUAAACGUUGUAAACGCAGAAAGAUGCGAAAGGCAACAGAAAUUGCGGUAAAGGAUUCAUUCUAGUCGAAUUGUACCAUUUUGUCGCACGAGAUUGUUUCUUCGGAGAUGGGGGAAGAAAAAAAAAAGAAUGCACCCGGUACUGAAGGAAGAUAGAGGAGGGUAGAGCGUCCGAAUCGGCGGUUUAUAAAGAACUAAAAUUACGAACGAAGAAUACUUGGGAGAACGACGCUUUCUUGCGCACGGACUAGGUCCUAGUUCUCUAAGAAACGUUAAUUACUGUAGCGUAUCCCACGUGGUGAUGGUACACAAGUGAUUCUAGUUGUUUUUAUCGUAAGGUAGAUCAAGUGCUUCUUUUUUCCAUACAUAACAUUUUAUCUCUUCUUUUAUGUUCAUUUCGGCGCUCGAUUGUAUGCUAUUCAAUCGCUCGAAGCAGCUCGAGUGCGGGGAAAGCGUUGCGACGCGUCUCUUAUUAUCGUUUUGUCGCGCUUCGAUAGUCGACAGAUCGUCGAACAAUGGAUAUUUAAUCUUUUCUUUUGUAAAUACUUUAAGGUGAAUCGUACUAUUAAUUUUCUUGGAAUUCAAGGUAUCGUUGUAUAAUGUUUGUUGCUAGUUUAAUAGCAUAAGAUUUGUAAAACGUGAAAAUUAUUAGAGAACAAUUUGAAUUUGUUCCACGGAUAUGCAAAUUUUUUAACGAGGACAAAGUGCUUUUUUUAAACGAAUUGAACCGUAACCUCCAUUGUUGAAGGUAUCACGACGAUAGGGUUAUACAACAAUUGGAAAAAAUUCUACACCAAGAGGGCUACCUUUAGGCAACAUUAAAUGUAUCUCUAUUCGUAGCUGCUUCCUCGUGUCUCAUGAAAUUUAAUAUAUCAUUACAAGUGAAAAAAGAAAUCAUGAGCGAAGCUCACUCAUGCGCCUUUCAUGGAUAAUACAUGCGACUAAUAUUUUACAUACUGUUGAUGCGUUAAAUAAGCGAUUCUGCUCGUUGCAACGCUCAGUGACAAUAAUCGAGUAUAAUUAUACAUAUAUAUACAUAUAUGUUUUUUAGCACUUUUUGCGACAUAAAAUCGACACUGAGAGAACGUUCCCAAUAGGAGAGUCUUUUACAUUAUGCUUGUUACCAAUUGUUUAUAUUGUCGAUUAUUAUCUUACAAGUUUAUUCGGUUGCUUGAUCUGUAACUCCACGAAUUCUCGAAGAGCUUCUACUAUUAUAUCGUAUUUAAUACGUUAUAUAUGUAUAUACAUACACAUAUAUAUAUGUAUAUUUGUAGAUAAACACAAAGAAAUUAAUUUUUGUAGGAAGCCUUGUCGAUUUGUUUUUAUAUGAAAAUCAUUCUAGUUGAAAAAUAAGUAUCGUAUCGUUCAACCGAGACUUUAGCAUUUGUCCAAAUCCAACAAGUGUCCAUACUAAUUUCUUUACUUUUGUGACCACGGGUCAGGGAGCUCCGUAGAAUCGAUUAUGUUUUACAUUUAUAAAUUUUAGUCGGAUAGAAAUCCGUGUUACUAUCGCGUCGACGUUAUGGACAUUGUUUUACACAUUGUUAUUGUAUACAUAUAUGUUCUAUUUUUUUUUCUGCCAAGAUUUUAUGCAUGUUGUAUAAUGUGAAAUUUUUGUAGUUGAUAGUGUACGCGGGCGGAUCUCGUGUCGCAGUAAAAUCACGCGAAUGAUUUUUAAGUUCAGCCAAACGGAUUCGAUAUCUAAAAGCGACUUGAGAAUUCCUUCGUACGUAUACCAUUACUUGGCCGCGAAAUAAUGAAAGGCGGAAGUAAUAAUUGUUAUCUGUGCGUAACCAACAAGUCGAACAGCCGUGCGUAUGAAUUCGAUUCAUGAAUGUUGCAGAAUAGCGCAUUGUAAACCCCCGCGUGUAGUACGUGACAAACAAAAAGUGAGAUUAUAAGAGCCCGACAAACGAAAGCAACACGAUAUCAGGAGCGUCGCGCGACAUUUACGGUAUAUCGGCUCUCAUCGUUCAAAUUUAAUUGUUACGCGACAAACACGCCGUUUUUUUAAUGUCAUGCAGCCUAACUAAAAUAUUAAGGGAACUCAUCGAAUCGUAAAAGAAAAUUAUAUCAACGGGCUAUUUAAGCGCGUCCGGCCCCAUGGCCGGGCGUACAACGGACAGAAAUUUCCCCACACAAAACGAGAAAGAAACCUUUUGUAUCUCCGCGUCGUAAACCUCGAGCGUAUAGAAAUUGCAAAAGAAAAACAGAAAACAAGAAAAAAAAAAAAAUAAAGAAAUAUAGCAGGCAUUCUGAUUGUUUCUCGAUUGCUGCGAUAGCUGACAAAACAGUCGUCCGAUUUGUAAAACCGAGAGAAAAAGAGACACUCGUUCACGUUUCUCGAAGAUCGAUAUUUCUAAGUACCUUCUAGUACAAGUUGCUAUUAAUUAAAUACGUCGUAGCUUUCUAAGUGGCCGGUCUUGGAUGUUGGUACGAUUUAAUAACGCGACAAACGAAUAAGCGCAAUAGCAUGGUCGAUGAUACAAAUAAAAGUACACGUGCGCGCGCGCGCGCGCGUACACACAGUCCGAGAUUAGUGAAACCAUUAUGGAAAUCGUAGAGAAUUAGAAACAUGGUAGACGUAACCGACAGCUUUGCUCCAGUUAGAAUUAACGACGAUGAUAAAAGCGAGGGAAAAAUUAGAGGUAAAAGAAAAAAAUACAAAAAAAGAAAAGGAAGAGUUUAGAUGACGUCGCCGCGUCCGUAAUGACACGCCAUCCGAUCCAUUGAAACGAAAAACAUUGAAACGAACACGUGAGAAUUAAAAUACGACCACCAACGUCAAAGUGUAUCACAUUUCGAGAAAUAUAUGUAUUUGUUAUUGUUUUCAUUGA